UUCUCUAGAAAUCUAGAUAGUCUAGAAUCUAGAUUCUAAGUCUAAGUGUAGAAUGCUGCUAGCCUAGACGCAGUCCCAAAAUGGAUUUGUCCUCAGACUAGAUAGAUCUAAAUCUAGAUCUAAUUCAAAUUACUAUACUGAACUGAUGCAUCAUUUUAUUGACAAUAAUGACUAGGGAUUUUCAAGCUGGAUCACACGAUUCUGUGUUCAGUGUGAUUUCUCUGUCAUCAUCUGAUGGCGAUCUCGACACUUUUGUUGAAAUAUGGUAUCAUGUGUUUCUCUGGGCACUUUUUUCAUCUCUAUUCGUCCAUAUUGUGGCAGCUCUAAUAGCAUUCCUGAGACUACGUAAGCACAGGUUAGGUCGCUGGAUUCCUGUAGUCAUAUUUACAAUGGGAAUUAUUUCGCCUUUAACUGGUGGAGUAGUGAGUAGUGCAGCUAUUGCUGGAGUAUUCAGAGCUUCAAACUUUGCACUGAGGCCUUAUUAUGCACUUGUAUGUGGUGCGGGCCAGACAUUCAUCGUUGUCGUCAUUUCAUUCAUGCGGAUACUGGCAACAUUAUGAUCAGAAGAUGAAGUCUGUGUCAGAAGACAAAAUCUGUGUCAAUACCGGCCUUAUUACGCACUUGUAUUGCGGUGCGGGCCAGGCAUUCAUUGUUGUCAUUUCGUUCAUGCAGAUACUGGCAACGUGAUCGGAAGACAAAAUCUGUGUCAAUACAAUGUGAUCAAGUCUCAUGAAGUCUGUGAUAAAAGAACCACAUCAACACUGCCCUUGGAUUAUCCCCAUGCUGUUAUAAAUUGGCUUGUUUAGUACCAUAUUGAGCAUAAUACAUACAAAGGUCGUCCACAUUCGAACGUGUUCAGUGAAAAUUUUCAAAUGGUAUUAAAACUGAAAACAUUUUUAUCUUGCAUGCGAAUCUACCUUGUAAAAUAUUCCAGUUUGUUUAUCGGUGCACUGUUUUCUAUCAGUUGUGAAAGGUGGCAAAAUGUUUCAUUGAUAUUUAUAUUCCUCCCCUUUGUUUAUAUUAGCUUGUGCCUAGCUACUAGAGUAGUACAGCUAACCAGAUGCCUUAAUGAGAUUAUUUGUUUCAUAGAAUGAUUACUGUUGAUCGCUUUCAUGUUUUUAAAAUUCAUUUUGCUAGUGAGGUGAUCAAUGUUGAAGAUAUUUUGUUGUUUACACCCAUUGGAGGUCCCAAAACCACUUUAUACAUGAUUGUAAAUAUUGAGAUAUAAUGUAAAAACUAAAAGCACAGAGACCCAUAAAUGUUUAACAUUUUACUUGCAAUUUUUACUUUUUAUCAACUUUUAAGUAAUGGUAUUACGGUCCAUAGAACUGAACGCAUGUAAAGUUCACCUGUUGUAUUCUUUUAUGUGACAUAGUAAUGGAUUAUGUGGUCACCACUAGGUCUAGCCACCUUUGUGGCUCUAGUAAGUUACGUAAUCUGAAAUAAGUGAACUAUAAUGUUUACAAGCUGGUGACAGGAAAAAUGGACACAUAGUUAUACAAUGGCCUGUAAUUCUCUAGUUUGAUUCUGCAUAGUUCAUCCCUGAGUCCAUGCAUGUGAUUGGGAAUGUAAAGGAGAGGUGGGCAAAGUGCAAACCACCUUAUACAUUCGUAUGCAGGGGUCACAUGUGAUUUCAAUUUCAUAUACCUGGGUAUUUUACUUUAAAGUAAUUUAAGUGCAGAUGGUCACAGUUCCACUCCUGUUUACCCUAAUGGGAAAUUCAGUUUCUAAGUACAGUACUUUCUAACACUAUGUUUAAACUUGCAACAUGUAUACCAUACAUGUGUAAAAAAAACAAACUCGAGGUGUUAUGUGAAAACAUCUCCACACAGAACUUGUAUACUUGAGCUUUUUCCUUCUAGAUAUCAGUUGUAUGUGUUGCAAGUGUAAACUUAGUAAUAGUACCAUACAUGUCUUAAAGAGAACAAGAUAUGCUGUUGGGGUCUCAACAAUGAUAAGUUGCAAUAAUACCCAUUGUAUUGUAUCAAAUUUUUUUAUUGUGUUCAAACAAGUUGUAAAAAUCAUUUAGACUAAACUUUCUCACAAAAAUCAUUUAACUUUCAUUCCAUCAAAUAAGGCCUACAUUUAAAUUUUAAAAUAACUUAUAAAUAAAACAUUUAAUACAGAAAGUCAUAGUCAAUAUAUUUAUAGUUUGAUUAAGCCUGCAUAGUUGAUGGUUCAGAUAGCAAAUCAUAAUUAUAUUUAUUGUAACUUUUGGAAUUUGUAUAACUUAACAAUAAAUUAUAAUCUUACAUUGUAUUUGUAUUUUCUAAUGUAGAAAAAUAUUUUAAGUGCAUAAUAUAAAAAAAAUAUUUCUGAACCAUCUUUGCAACUGAGUGUCUUGGGCAGUGUUGGUGUAAAACAUCAGGUUAACCAGCUUUGCUUCAUUUGGCUUGCUGUAACCAUGCUCAGAAGCAAUUUUUUAAACUGCUAGUUGGGCACGGAAGUUUAUUUCCAAUGUGCCAGGCUCUGUGUGGGGGUCUUUUUUUUUCUCCAACAACCUUUAUUUAAUUAUACAAUAGAAGGUUAUUGUGUGGAAUUUCACUGAUAACGUCAUCACCUCCAAUAAUUUCGUCCUCUUCCUCAUUAUCGUCAUCUUUAUCACUUUCAUUGUCCCCUUGUGAGGAUGUGGAGAUGAGCCAUGAGAAUAAGAUUAUGAUGAGGAAGACUGAGAUUGUGUACAGAACUGUCAACUGAUAGUUGUGUUGUAGUUUCAGGGAGAAUCCAAUGUACCUGUGGGGAAAUAA